UAAACGUUCUCAGCAUCGUUUGAAGGUUCAGAUGUGUGGAGCUCGUCCUAAAUUGGUAGAAAUGCUUAUGGAAAUAUAUAAAUGAGACCUUACACAUGCUCAAAAUAUAGUUAAAUAUAACUCGGAAGAUAAUAUUACUAUUGCGUUUGACACUACAUGCAAAUAUGUACAUUUUCAUAUGAAAAUACCUAUUUCUUACACAGUUUAAAUUGACCACCCUUCAACACGGACUAAAUUCCCAUAGUGCGCUAUCACAUAUCAAACAAUCGUCUUCGUCUCCUCGCAGGUAAAGUUUCUGCGCGCAGGUCGGCUGCACCACACUGAACUCAGUGUCAGUUUGUUUGAGGUUGAUCCCCUGUAGCAACCAGUAAACAGUCCUGUCUGCAUGGAGGGAGAGAGCUGCAUCAACGGGACCAAUAUGGAGCAAUAUGCCCCGAAAUUCAGCCAAGUCCUGCUGACACCGGAUCCACAUUACAUCCCGGGGUAUUCAGGCUACUGCCCACAGCUCAAGUUCAAUAUAGCCAAGACCUAUGGGAAGCUCACAGGAGAGCUGCUGACCAGUCCCGAGGUGAAACAUUCCAGCCGCCUGGUCCUCCACACGGGUCACGUCCCCUCCACAGACACACCCAGGAGCUCCACUGACAGUAACUUGAAGAGGAUGAUACCUGGGUACACAGGCUUCAUUCCAAAGAGACAGAACUACUUCGCCUGCAGCUACUCUGAAACGUGCCACAAAGCUCUGAGUGAGUUUUACCAUGAAGGGGAAGUGAGGCUCCAGCGGCAGUCAACAGACCUGCCGGUUGUUGUCAACCACAGGACUCAACAGACUGACAGACUGAAACCACCUCUGACGGUGAUCUCCGACAAAGUGAUCACCUACAAGCCCUUAAAGCCCUUCGUACCCACUGGGAAACCAUAUUUCAUGGAGGACGAUAACCCACAAAAGUACUUCAUCCCAGGAUUUGCAGGUCACGUGCCAAAAUCUCGCUUCCUGUUCGGCAAAGUUUACCCCAUCAUCACCAACCAGGCACUGACCGAGUUUGGGAAGCAGCACAGUUACUUUAAGUCCAAAGACGUCUCAAGCAGGACGAACAGUUGUUCACCCACCAUGCCCACUAUCUAUCCACCCAACAGAGGUGGGGCGCCAUCCUUCUGCGUGAGCAACACGCUUCAUGUGACAAAUUAUCUGACUAAUAGAAGUUACUGAAACAUAA